CCUACUCGACGCAGGCGCCUACGGCGCAGGCGCACUCGGCUCGUAAUUCGAGUGAGCUGUAGCUGUGGUCUGGCUGGUCGGAGUUCACUUCAUCCCUUUUGUUGCCAUCAUUGACGGCAUUUGACCCUCCUAACUUGAAGAAAAUGGUGAAUGUCUUGAAAGGCGUGCUUAUAGAAUGUGACCCUGCUAUGAAGCAGUUUCUGCUGUACUUGGAUGAGUCAAAUGCCCUAGGGAAGAAAUUCAUCAUACAAGACAUAGAUGACACCCAUGUCUUCGUACUGGCAGAGCUGGUUAACUUCCUCCAGGAGCGAGUGGGAGAACUAAUGGACCAGAACUCUUUUCCUAUUACACAGAAAUGAACAGACUAGAAAAUGAGACUUCACCUAUCUCAGAAACUCUGAAAUUGUAAACAACAAAGAAAAGAACAAGAUUUUUCCACCUAGCAUUUUAUGAGACUGAUUACAUAGAUAAUUAAGCAUUUAUUUAGCAGUGGUUAUUGCACAAAUGCAUAUCCUUAGACUAAAUAUUCCUGAGUUGUUUGGUUUCUGUUCAGUCCGUAGACAACAUGAAUAAAAACUUUACUAGAAUUCCCUAUGAUUUGAAUUUUGUUUGUGUAUUACCAUAGAAAUUUAAAUGUAUUUCUGUUUAUACAGCUAGCAUAGGCUAGCAUAAUAUGCUUUUGAAUUAUUCAUCUGACCUAAAUGUUUAUUUUUGUUAUAAAACAUUUCAGGAAUUUACUGUGUCUUAUCUAAAUAUGGCAGUGAGGUAGGAGACUUCAGGAAUGUUGUCUAUAACUUUUUUUUUUUUUUUUUGCACCUACAUGAGAGCUAUCAACUGAAAAGGAUUGGUGGGAGACCAUGGAGAAGGGAGAUCCACAUAGAAGUUUACUUCUCCCUCGCUGCUUAACAAGUUAGUCUUAGGUACAGGCAACCAGAUAAGGAAGAUCUAUGCGGAUUUGUGACACCUGCCAGGCAAUCAUCCUCAUGUCUAUAUGGUUGGUCUAACCACAGGUGGGAACUGGCCUCAAGGCCAGUUUUGUGAAGUUUGCAUUCAGUCAAAGGGCUGCACUUGAGGACCUAGAGGGCCACAUGUGGCCUUGAAGUCAAAGGUUCCCCACCCCUGGUCUAACCCAUUAUAGUUAAAUAAAUUUAUGCAAAUAAGUUGUUAAAACUUGCCUUAUCAUUUACCUGUGCAAUAGUCUUUACAUGACUUAGGAAAAAUUAGGUGGAAAUAGAGGUUGGAACCAGAUUGAAAGAGAAGUACUAAAAGAAUAAAAAAAAUUAUGAUACAUGACUUUUUUAAAAUAACUGCCUGAACUUAGGAGCUUUGAAGCUAAAGGUAACAAAUAGAGACCUCCCUGCAGGAGCACAAACAUCAUGGAAACAGAAUAGCUUGAUUUGGGCUCUCUCCUUUGUGUAAAGAUUAGCUAUGUUGAGAACCUAAGAUCAUGUAGCAGAAAUAAUGGCCUUGAUAAAGCUCAUAUGAGACUACCUGCAUGCUCCAAAUAAACCCAGCUCCAUGCAGUAUCUCUCUCCUAAGCAGAAGCAUAAUAAUAAGCUUUAUAAAAGAGAACAUGCCAGUUUUAUUUCUUUAUGGAUUCAUUAUCUAUCCCUAAGCAUUAUGAAGUUAGGAAUAUCCCUGGUUCCCUAGGAAUAAAUCACCAAACUUAGUAGUAAUUCACAUGCUUAGACAAGAGUACACUGCUAUGAUAGUUUUUAAAAGACUAUCUUCCAGAAUUUUUGAGUUUCAAAAAAUUAAAAUUAUAUUGAGGAAAUGGUAACUAUGUAGUUUUCUUAUACAAGGAAAUGCAUGUUGUCAACAGAUAAAAUUUAUAUUAUGAGCAAGGGAUUUGUGGUAAGGCAGAUACCACCAAGAAGUAUAUUUUUCUCAGAAAUUCAUUUGUGGUUUAUUUUAACUAAUUGUAUUGAUAAAUAGUUUAGGAAUCAUUGAUGGCGAGGGACCAAGGAAAUUGCAUUAAAUUCUUUUCAAAGGGAUAGAAAUGAGGUUUGUAUUUGACUAAGUAAGCCAUAAUCUAAAAUCAAGCCCUUACCAGGUUUCAGUCAGGGAAAAGAAUGCUGGCUUUGUAUUAGAACUUCAGGAAUCCUGAAUAUGCAUCAUAUCUUAUGUAACAAUGUGUUCUGAGAAAUCUGCUUUAGGUUGCCUGAUGAAUGUUGAUGGCAGCCAAGAAAUUAGGAAUGUCAAUCUAUGACAUGACGAUGAUCAUAUUUUGAAUAUUAAUGUCACCUUUAAUGUAUUAAAUAUUAAUUAUUAAAUAUCAAUUACAACUUUUCUGUGAA